CACUCCGAUCUAUCCAAAAUAUACUAUGCAUCGCGCAUAUGCGCCUUGGGGAGAUUGCACAAUGGGGGGCAAACCGGUCCCGCGCUUCGCAUCCCUUGGCGCUUGCAAAAAAGUAAAGGUGCUGGGCGAGCUGGCUAUUCUUUCACAUACGAGUCAACGCGUUUCGUUCACCCACCCCACAAAGUGCAUCUUCUUUGACCAGCGUUUUCUCACAGCAAACGCCCUCAAAAAUAAAUGGCGCGCAGCUGGGUUGGGCAUCAGGGCGCAUAAAGUCAGUUACACUUGGUCGCAGCCUUGAAAGCGGGCUGGGGCGCACGCAAGACCCCAAAAACACGCCAGGAGGCACACUUUGGAACAGCAUGUGUAGAUGAGUGGCUAAAUAUCUGAUGGUUUACCUCUAUCAGCUAACUCGUUCUACUCCGCUUGGUUGCGUUAGGGCGCCUCGGCGCCCUGACCCUCCUUGUCGGUAGUAGUUCCUGGCCGGCCUUCGUGGCCGCGCCAAUCCCCUGUGGCGCCUCCAUGGCGUCCCUGGCGUUGCUUAGGUCAGCUGUAGUGCGUCAGUACUGCUCUGGCUGCGGCGCGACACUCAGUCGGCGACAUCAUCGUCGCCGUCCUGCCGAGCGGUCCCCGCUCUGGCAAUCUUUGCCGACCAUCAUGAUCUCACACCGUGGAGCCUUCGCGACCUAGCGUGGGUGGCGCGCCUGCUCGCCGGUCGACCUCGUCCUCAUGGCUUCGCGAUGCUUCUGGCGGGGCGCUCGCUGCUGCCGGGCUCGCAGUGGCGUGUCGCUGAGCGGCUCUUUCGGUAACGGAGGGCCGAUUGGAGCUGCUGGCGACUCUUGCUGUGGGCUGCUGCCGCGGCCUGACGUGGCGCCGGGCUCGCCGCGCGUGAACCGGGGCACGCUGCGGCGGGAGCCAGGACCGGCGUCUUCCGGGCGGCGGCGGCUGGAGCUGUGGGCGCAUCUACACAGUGGAGAGACCUGCUUGGCGAAUGCAGUCUGGCGAAGGCAGUCCAGCGAAGGCUGGCUGGCGCAGGCCGACUAAGCGAAGGCUGGCUGGCGCUGUCUGCUGUGCUAGGGUGUUGCGAGGCUGUGUGGACUUGGUUGGGCGGUGGGCGUGCCUGCACCGCCUGUGCUAGGUUACGGGCGCUAUGGCUUGUGCUGUCUGAUGGGUCGGACCGGCUGAUCCUCGUGGUUCAGCGAACUUGCACGGCCCUAGGCCGUCUACAGGAUGCAGCUUCGGGCUGCACCCAACAGUGUGAGGGCCCUGCCCUGUUGGUGCUGGUGUUUUGGGGUAGGAGUUGCACUUUGCAAAGUGGCAGUCAGUCUGACGCCGACCCGCGGCUUAGGUGAGCAGCGCUAGCGUUUGCGGUGAGCCUUGCUCGGGGUUCCUCCCCUCCUUUAGUGAGGCGAGGAGCAUGGGGGUCAUUCGAGGUUCCCUCCUCGAGUGUGCGUACGUGUCUCGUGCGUUUAUGGAGCCCUGGCUUGCCCGUGGCUGUCAUCCCACAUGUAACCUCUAUUCGCU